AAUAAUGGGUGUUUACUUCAUCUCUUCUCAAGAAUUCUUGGCUAAUUUUUAUGUUUUAUCGGUCCUCCUUUUUUUUGCACUUCUAUUGCAAAGAACCUUUCUCCAGGCAUCAUACUAUGUGGCCAUUGAAACAGGAAUUAACCUGAGAGGAGCAAUACAGACAAAAAUCUAUAGUAAGAUCAUGAGACUAUCAACCUCCAACAUGUCCAUGGGGGAAAUGACCUCAGCUCAGAUCUGUAAUCUGGUUGCAAUAGACACAAACCAGCUAAUGUGGUUUUUCUUCCUGUGUCCUAAUCUCUGGGCUAUGCCUGUACAGAUUAUUGUUGGAAUUGUUCUGCUCUAUUAUCUGCUUGGAAUCAGUGCCUUAAUAGGAGCAGCUGUAAUCAUAGUGCUGGCCCCUGUCCAAUACUUUGUAGCCACGAAACUUUCACAAGCUCAAAGAAGUACACUGGAAUAUUCCAAUGAGAGACUGAAGAAAACAAAUGAAAUGCUUCGAGGCAUAAAACUACUCAAACUCUAUGCCUGGGAACACAUUUUUCACAGUAGCGUGGAAGAAACUCGGCAAAAGGAAAUGACAAGUCUUAAGGCUUUCGCUCUUUAUACCUCUAUAUCAAUUUUCAUGAAUGCAGCAAUACCAAUUGCAGCUGUUCUUAUAACGUUUGUUGUCCAUGCCCAUCUCUUUGUCAAUGCUGACUUUUCUCCUUCGGUGGCCUUUGCAUCGCUCUCUCUCUUCCACAUCCUUGUGACACCCCUGUUCCUACUCUCCAGUGUCGUUAGAUCCACUGUUAAAGCUCUUGUAAGUGUCCAAAAGUUAAGUGAAUUUCUCUCGAGUGAAGAAAUUGCAGACGAGUAUGAUAAAUGUCCUGAGCCAAGAAACCCAGACAACCACAGCAAAUAUCAGGUUCUUACCCUCAAAGUUGUUAACCGUAAGAGGCCUGCCAGAGAGGACUGGAACAAUUACAGCUCUCGUAUAAGAAGAUCUGUUAGCAGCACAGAAGCAGAUGAUUUUUGUGUAAAGGUCACGAAUGGAUUUUUCACAUGGACGCCAGAAGGAGUUCCAACUUUAUCCAGCAUUGAUAUUCGAAUUCCUCAAGGUCAGUUAACAAUGAUUGUGGGACAGGUAGGCUGUGGUAAAUCAUCUCUCUUAUUAGGAAUACUUGGAGAGAUGCAGAAGACAUCUGGGAAUGUGAUCUGGAACAGCAGCAUUCCUGAUAAUGAGACAGGGGAAGAUGUCAGCUCCGACAUGGAAACAAUGGUUGAAAUGGAGCCCAGAAAAAGAGGGCCAGUGGCAUAUGCUUCUCAGAAGCCAUGGUUGUUAAAUGCUACGGUGGAAGAAAAUAUCACUUUUGAAAGCCCCUUCAAUAAACAAAGGUAUAAAGCAGUAAUUGAUGCUUGCUGUCUUCAGCCUGAUAUUGACAUACUACCUCAUGGAGACCAAACACAGAUUGGAGAGAGGGGUAUUAAUUUAUCUGGAGGUCAGCGCCAAAGAAUCAGUGUAGCAAGAGCUCUUUAUCAACAGACAAAUGUGGUAUUUCUGGAUGAUCCAUUUUCAGCAUUAGAUAUCCACUUGAGUGAUCAUCUCAUGCAAGAAGGAAUUCUGAAUUUGCUAAGAGCAGACAAGAAAACCAUUGUUUUAGUUACCCACAAACUACAAUAUCUGCCCCAUGCUGACUGGAUUAUUGCAAUGAAGGAUGGUACCAUUCAGCGAGAAGGCACACUGAAGGAUAUCCAGAAAUCUGAAUCUGAGCUCUUUGAACAUUGGAAAACACUAAUGAAUCGACAGGACCAAGAACUAGAAAAGGAGAUUGUAAUUGAAAGAAAAACUAUAUUGGAUAAGAAGAAUAUUAAAAAGACAGUGCAUUCUCAAGAAAUCCUCCAAGAUGAAGAAGAGGAUGAUGAAGAGAUACCUGAGAGUGAUGAUGAUGAUGACAACUUGUCUUCUGUCCUUCAUCGAACAACAGAGAUGUCAUGGCAAGCAUGUGGGAAGUAUCUCAGCUCAGCAGGAUUUCUCUUCUUGCCUCUGUUGAUCUUUUCUCAAUUUCUAAAACAUUCGGUCAUGGUGUCCAUUGACUAUUGGCUAGCCUUGUGGACAUCUGAUGCUAUUUCCUCUGAGAUGGGGAAAAACUGCUCUUUUUGUCAGGUGUGUGUGUUUAGCCAUUUUUCCUAUUCAAAGAUAUUCAGCAUUCUCUGUUGUGUUGGGAUUAUAUUAUGCCUUGUAACAUCAAUAGCAGUAGAAUGGACUGGCUUAAAAGUUGCCAAAAAGGUUCACUGCAGUCUUCUGAAUAAAAUUAUUCUGGCCCCAAUGAGAUUUUUCGAAACCACACCCCUGGGAAGUAUUUUGAACAGAUUUUCAGCAGAUUGUAACACUAUUGAUCAGCAUAUCCCUGCUACUCUGGAGUGCCUGAGUCGUUCUACCUUGUUAUGUUUAUCAGCUCUUGCAGUGAUUUCAUAUGUAACACCUGUGUUUCUGAUAGCUCUCGUACCUCUUGCCGUCAUAUGCUAUUUCACCCAGAAAUAUUUUAGAGUAGCAUCAAGGGAUCUACAGCAGUUGGAUGACAGUACACAGCUUCCGUUACUUUCUCACUUUUCAGAGACAGUGGAAGGGCUAACAACUAUACGAGCAUUCAGGUAUGAAUCCCGGUUUAAACAGAAGCUUCUUGAAUAUACGGAUUCUAACAACAUCGCUUCCCUUUUCCUUACAGCUGCCAAUCGUUGGCUGGAAGUUCGCAUGGAAUAUAUUGGAGCAUGUGUGGUGCUUAUUGCAGCAGUUACAUCCAUUACCAGUUCUCUAAAGAAUAAUCUCUCUUCAGGUCUUGUAGGUUUAGGAUUAACCUAUGCUCUGAUGGUGUCUAACUACCUAAACUGGAUGGUUCGCAACCUGGCUGAUAUGGAGCUUCAACUGGGAGCUGUGAAAAGACUCAAUGGCCUUAUAAAAACGGAGGCUGAAAAUUAUGAAGGGCUGCUUUCUCCAGCGCAGAUUCCUCAGAACUGGCCUGAUCAGGGGGAGAUUCAAAUACAGAAUCUGAGUGUCCGCUAUGAUAGCACUCUGAAGCCUGUCCUAAAACAUGUCAGUGCCCAUAUCUCUCCAGGACAAAAGAUUGGAAUAUGUGGCAGAACAGGCAGUGGGAAGUCAUCCUUUUCUCUAGCCUUUUUUAGAAUGGUUGAUGCCUUUGAAGGAAGGAUCAUUAUAGAUGGCAUAGACAUUGCCAAGCUCCCUUUACAAACUCUGAGAUCCAGAUUGUCAAUUAUUCUUCAAGACCCCAUUUUGUUCAGUGGCACAAUCAGAUUUAACUUGGAUCCAGAAAAGAAAUGCACUGACAGCACCUUAUGGGAAGCAUUGGAAAUAGCACAACUGAAGCAUGUGGUGAAAGCUUUACCUGGGGGACUAGAUGCAAUAGUCACAGAAGGUGGAGAAAAUUUCAGCCAAGGGCAAAGACAGCUGUUCUGCUUAGCCAGAGCGUUUGUACGGAAAACAAGUAUCUUAAUCAUGGAUGAAGCCACAGCGUCUAUUGACAUGGCAACUGAAAACAUUCUUCAGAAGGUUGUAAUGACUGCCUUUGCUGAUCGUACAGUAGUGAUAAUUGCACACCGGGUGCACACUAUUCUGAACGCUGAUAUGAUUAUUGUCAUGAAGAGAGGAGUUAUUUUAGAAUACGACAAACCAGAAAUUCUGCUGGAAAAAGAAGACAGCGUGUUUGCUUCUUUUGUUCAAGCAGACAAGUAGCUAUGGUAUAAACUAUUAAACCACUCAAAAGAACUGUUUUAUUAUCAAUUUUCUAAUUAUGUAAAAUAUCUGUAAAUAAAAAAUAUUUAAUAAUAAAAAGCUUAGUCUAUAAGUU